AACUCUGGGCAAUACGCCGUUUGGCCAUAGCUUUUGCAAAAAGGAAAAAAACAAAAACAAAACCCAGCCCGCAACUCCGGGCGUUGUACUGAUCGGCCCGUGUCACGUGUAUUGCUCUCCUGCAGUUGUUGAACACCCGGGUUAGUUCGAUAGUAAAAGGAUCGUUUGACAGCAGGCUUGUUUAUUCUUGCUCUGCAGCCCCCUGCGAUUGUUCCUGCGCCAGAGAGAUGGGAUUGGACUGGAUUGGCUUCAGCUACGCAGCUUUAGUAGCUUCUGGUGGAAUAAUUGGCUAUGCAAAAGCAGGUAGUGUCCCAUCUUUAGCUGCUGGUCUUCUUUUUGGUGGGAUAGCUGGACUUGGAGCAUACCAACUGUCUCAAGACCCAAAGAACAUUUGGCUUUCUCUGAUUGCUUCUGGAACCUUAGCUGGCAUUAUGGGAAUGAGAUUCUACAACUCGGGGAAAUUCAUGCCUGCAGGAUUGAUUGCUGGGGCAAGUCUGGUGAUGGUUGGAAGACUUGGGCUGAAGAUGUAUGACAAACCGCACAAUGGUUAACAGGGCGUCCUCUGUGGCUAAGAAGACAGAUCACACAUCAGCUCAAAUAUGCCAUGCUAAGAUCAGCAAAACACAUAUCCUGAUUUUAUAAGUGACCAGAUUAAAAGUAAAUGUGUUUGUGAAUAUAGACACUCUUUUCUAUACAAGCAUUUCUUUCUCCAUUCCAAUAGGAACUAUUGUUUAGUAUGGUAAAUUCUUUGUCAUAUUCCAUCCCAUUACCAUAAAGUGGUAACAAGAGAAGUAGCUGGAAAAAGACAAAGAAGUAGGUUGGCUGAGCUAAGAGAGAGAGAAAAUAGGGUCACCCAAUAUUCCUUUCUACUCCUGUGUCUUUUAUAGAGUUGUGUGGGCAGGUUUCUGGCACUAUUUGCUGGCGUCACAUUAUCUCACUCAACUCAGGGAGCAAAAUGACUUGUGUAAACAUUUCCAGUGUGAAGGAGCCAAUGAUUUUUCCCUUGCCUGCCGUGCUCCAGAUGCUUAGGUCUCUGCAGUUGCCUUAAGCCAGUUUACAGUAACCUGGUGUUGAUCUGAUUUAUAGGAAAUACACCAUUUCAUCAUUCUCAACCAAGAUGGUCAGUUGCUGGAAAUGAAGGGGUUUCCAGAUCCAUAUGCAGGGAAGAUAAUCAGAAUGAAGGAACAAUAGAUUGAAUUUUGAGCUCUUGAUUUGUCCCUGAAGAAACGGAGAUCCUCUUACCCCUGUCUAAAAUGCUCCUAAAAUAAAUUGUCUUUUGUGAGUGA